AUGGACCACUUUCCGACAAACUGGGGCCGCCCACGAAAUGAAUUGCACGAUCAAUACAACACAUAUCCGAUCCACCAACGCCCAUCCCAACCGAAGGAUGUCUUUGGGGAAGGCGUGCAACGAACACAACAGCCCAUUGUCACGGGCACCAGUGUCCUCGCCAUCAAGUUCAAGGACGGCAUUAUGAUGGCUGCUGACAAUCUCGCGUCCUACGGCUCUCUCGCCCGCUUCAAGGACAUUCAGCGCCUGCACCCCGUCGGCACGUCCACCAUCAUCGGCGCGUCCGGCGACAUGUCCGACUUCCAGUAUCUCCAGCACACCCUCGACGAGCUCAUGGUCGACGAAUUCACAAACGGUGAUGGCCAUGAGCUCGGGCCCGCCGAGGUCCAUGAAUACCUCUCCCGGGUAAUGUACGGCCGUCGCUCUAAGCUCAACCCUCUCUGGAACUCCUUGCUGGUUGGCGGUCUGCAAGACGGCAAGCCUUUCUUAGCAUACGUUGACCUCCUCGGUACAACAUACUCUGCAUCAUCCAUCGCGACGGGCUAUGGCUCGUAUAUUGCGAUUCCCAUUCUCCGCGCUGCUGUUGACAACAAGGAGAACACCCUCACAGAAGAGGACGCGCGGAAACUGCUGCACGAGUGCAUGCGUGUGCUCUACUACCGCGACGCGCGCAGCUUGGACAAGUACCAAAUUGGUAUCGUCACCAGUGCAGGGGUAUCCGUCUCUGAUGCGAUCAAGCUGGAGACAAACUGGGACUUCGCCGAAGGCAUUCGCGGAUAUGGGGCACAGACACAGUAA